UUUUAAAAAUUCUUUAUUUUUCGGAAACUUCGCCUCGAUUGCCUCGAAAGUGAACGAAAAGUGCUUCGAAAGUCGGAAAAUGGAACUACAAGGCCUGCAAGAGGCGUUGAAAGUUGAAAUCCAGUGUCAUAAGAAACUAGUUGCACAGAUGAAGCAAGACCCACAGGAUGGAGAGCUUAAGAAACAACUACACGAAAGGCAAACAAGAAUAACAGCCCUAAGCGAAAAACAAAAACUGGCUGUGAGAAGUUGUCCCAUGGGGAACGCCAAGCCCCUCUCUCUCAUCAAACCUCCCAGCCAGAGUAUAGCCAUCUCCGUGGUGCCGGCGAAGACUCCCGUCUCCAUGGUGACCGCACACGUCAAUGGACAAAAGGCGGUAGGCUCCGAGCCACUACAAAUGGCUCCGAUCAACCUCCAAACAUCCAGCAAAGUGUCGGGGAGCAGCACCCACUCCGUGGGCCGGAGAGUCGGGGAGCCGCCUCACUCACAGAUGCUGGGAUCCCUCACAGCUGUACCCAUAAAGGUACCUCAGGUCAGCUCUCUGCAUCGGCUGGCAGUGCAGGCUCCCACAGUGCUACCUCAGGUUAGGCCAAAGACCCUGAUCCCGGACAGCCUCCCACAUAGUCCCAGCCAAGGGCAGCAAGCAGGCCAACCGCCCAGUCUACAGAGAGCCACGGCUGUGGUCAGCCCCAGGACCCAGGGCCCGGCCCUGCCCACUGCCAACAGCACCACUGGGCCCACGCAGCUGGCCAACGGGCAGGCCGAGCCCUUGCCGCUGGCCCCCGGUGUCUCCACCUCCAUCAGCAGUGCGGGCGUGGCCUACGCCAUCAUCUCCGCCUCCCCCGGAGCCACCGUCUCCGCCGUCAGCGAGGCCGUGAAGGUGCAGCCGCUGCUCUUCAGCUCCGACAGCAAGGUGAUAAUAAUCCAGCCGCAGGUUCCCAGCAGCUCCCAGAAUUCCCCUGAGCCGCAGGCCAGCAGCCCUGCCCAGGAGACGGCGCCCUCUCCCUCCCCUCCCGCCAAGAAGAAGAAGGAGGAGGAUCCAGAGAAAAUUGCCUUCAUGGUCGCCCUCGGCCUGGUCACCACAGAGCACCUGGAAGAGAUUCAGAGCAAGAGACAGGAGCGAAAGAGACGAAGCACAGCCAACCCAGCCUACAGCGGCCUGUUCGAACCCGAGCGUAAACGCCUUGCGUCAAAUUACCUGAACAACCCGCUCUUCUUAUCAGCCAGAGACACUGAGGAUCUGUGCUGGAAGGAGGACUCGGAGCAUGAAGAACACUGUGCCGUGUGCAAAGGGGACGGAGAGCUGCAGCCCUGCCACAGCUGCUCCCGCGCCUACCACCCCGACUGCCUCCAGCCCCCCCUCAAGACCCCGCCCAAGGGCGUGUGGAUGUGCCCCAAGUGCCAGAAGAAGGUACUUAACAAAGACAUGUCGUGGCCCCAGAAUUUCGUUCAGUCCUACGUAACACUCAAAACAGUGAGAGAGGAGGAGAAGAGGAGGCUGGUGAGGAAGAACAGCGAGUUGAAGAAGGAGUGGGCCCUGCUGGAGGAGCAGGACGAGAGGCUCAGUCGGGCCGUCACGAAAUGCAUGGAGCUCAAGGAGAGCCUUCUUGGGCAGCAGAAGGAGACCCAGGCUUCGCUGGAGCGCCUGAAGGCCCUGAUCCGGCUCAUCCAGCGGGACCAGGUGAUCCAGGUCACCAUGACGGCCACCACCACCUCGGGGGCCUCCCUGCUUUCCCUGCCUUGGAUCAAACCCACCAGCACAUCCACGUCGCCCUCUGCUGGCACCUCCACGCUACUGCAGAAGAGCCUGCCCCACACCCAGGGCAACAACUGAUCCCUCCCCCACACCUUGCCCUUCUUAACCCCAUGUGAGCCAAGUGGCCACCUGCCAAAAUGCUGGCUCUCCUUUGCAUCUACAUAAAAAAGAAAAAACAAAAAAAAACUUUUUUAAUGUCUGAUGUACCAUCAAAAGGUAUUCAUCAACUGUAAGAAAAAACAUUCAACCAAUGAGGAGUUUGAGGAGCCAUUGUGGCAAAACAAUAUAUCCCACAUGUGGUUCAUGACAAGUAUUUUAUAAACCCAACACCUUCAGUGCUUACAAGAU